AUGGUUGCCGCCGUUUCACCGCUACUAAUGGCUUUAAUUGACCCAGGAUGGAACUACUGGGCGUGCGCUUUCUGGGCAGUUCUUCUGGGGCCAGUAUCUGUCGAUGUGGUUUUUACUGUUGCUCACCUCAUCAUCACGGAUAUAUUUCCCGCCUCGACCCAUGCUCUGGCGGGAGCCGUUUUUAACACGAUUGCGCAGCUUGGAACGUCGAUCGGAUUGUGCACGAUAGCUAUAGUAUCGGCAGCCACCAAACGUUCUUCGGGUUACCCAGAGGACUCUCCGGAUGCCCUGUUGGCGGGAUACAGAGGAGCGUUUUGGACAUGCUUUGUGAUGAUGGUGGCUACCGUCCUGAUCGGGCUCACUGGAUUGCGUAAAAUUCAUCGACUGGGCGCUCCAAAACCAGAUAGUUCCGACUAG